AUGUCGAAAGCGGCUGGAGGCGCAUCGGCGGCGGAAAGUUGUCCUCCAACCUCUGCCGGGCCGUCUGCGGCCGCUGCCGUGGAGGACCUGUCCAAAGUGUCGGACGAAGAGCUGCUGCAGUGGAGCAAGGAGGAGCUGAUCCGUUGCCUGCGGCGCGCGGAGGCCGAGAAGGUGAGCGCGAUGCUGGACCACAGCAACCUCAUCCGGGAGGUCAACCGCCGCCUGCAGCUGCACCUCGGCGAGAUACGAGGGCUCAAGGAUAUUAACCAGAAACUCCAGGAGGACAACCAGGAACUGAGGGACCUCUGCUGUUUCCUGGAUGAUGACCGGCAGAAGGGCAAGAGGGUGUCCCGGGAGUGGCAGAGACUGGGCCGGUAUACAGCGGGGGUGAUGCACAAGGAAGUGGCCUUAUACCUGCAGAAGCUGAAGGAGCUGGAGGUGAAGCAGGAGGAGGUGGUGAAGGAGAACAUGGAGCUCAAGGAGCUGUGUGUGCUGCUGGACGAGGAGAAGGGCACGGGCUGCGCGGGCAGCCGCUGCUCCAUCGACAGCCAGGCCAGCCUGUGCCAGCUCUCCGCCACCACAGCACCCUACGUGCGGGACGUGGGCGACGGCAGCAGCACUUCGAGCACGGGCAGCACCGACAGCCCCGACCACAAGCACCACGCGAGCGGCGGCAGCCCCGAGCACCUGCAGAAACCCAGGGCGGAGGGCAGCCCGGAACACUCCAAGCACGGGAGUGCCAGCCCCGAGCAUCUGCAGAAAGCUAGGGCCUCCGGGACCCCAGAUCACCCCAAAGCUCUCAAAGGCCCCAGCCCCGAGCACCACAAACCCUUGUGCAAGGGCAGUCCAGAACAGCAGAGGCACCCACACGCAGGGAACAGCCCGGAAACGCUGCCCAAGCACGUGCUGAGCGGGAGCUCUGAACACUUCCCGAAGCACAGGCCCGGGGGCAGCCCCGAGCACACCAGGCACAGCGGAGGGAGCCCCGAGCAUCUGCAGAAACACGCCCUCGGUGGGAGCCUGGAGCACCUCCCCAGGGUCAGGGGCACCAGCCCCGAGCACCUCAAACAGCAUUUCGGAGGGAGCCCUGAUCACAAACACGUGGGUGGAGGAGGAGGCGGCAGCGGCAGCGGCAGCAGCAGCAGGGAGGGCACUCUCCGAAGGCAGGCGCAAGAGGAUGUGUCAGCCCAUCACCGGAAUGUCUACAGUGGCAUGAACGAAUCAACCUUGUCCUAUGUUAGGCAGCUGGAGGCAAGAGUAAGACAGCUGGAGGAAGAAAAUCGCAUGCUGCCCCAGGCCACCCAGAAUAGAAGGCAACCUCCAACUAGAAACAGCUCAAAUAUGGAGAAAGGCUGGGGGCCCAGAGCCCGGCGGGUCUUGCAGUGGUGGCAAGGGUGCCGAGGAAUAGGACGAUGCCUGCCCACUCUCCCGGGUUCUUUUAGGUUGUCAUCUGGGGCUGAUGGGAGUAACAGUUCACCCAACUCUCCAGCUAGCUUCAGUGGACAUACCACACCUUCUCAGCAGCCUGAACCCGUGGUACACUCUCUUAAGGUCUUGGAUGUUCAGGAAACUAUAGAUCGUCAACAGGGUAAAGAGUAUGAACAUGACCUUAGUGAGACAGAAAAAGCUAUAGUCAGAGAAAUGUGCAAUGUUGUAUGGAGGAAACUUGGAGAUGCUGCAGGUUCGUGUCCUGGAAUUAGGCAACAUUUGUCUGGAAACCAGUACAAGGGACCCAUGUGAGAUGUACUCUCUUUCAAACAUGACAUCACCACUGCCAGAGAGAUAAGAGAGGAAAGAGUGGAUUU